CGCAGCACUUCGCGUCUAAUAUCGUGGGCUACGCUGUUGCAUUCACGCGCAUCGACUUGUCCUGACAGCAUUCUCGGCGACAUUUCCUAUUGCGAUACCAACUUCCGCCGCAAACAAUGGCGACCGAAGAUGCUCGAUACAGACAGUCGAGUCAAUAUCGGCUGUGGUCUUUCACCCCAUCGCACCUCACUACCCUUCGCGAGAAGACAAACACCCUUGCGCGAACUCACAUUUCUAAUCGUUUGCGCGCUUCUGACCCGCCGGUAGACCCUUUACCUAACUUUCUAACUUCCGAGGAAGAAUACAUGAUCUUGAAUCACUUUACUCUCGAGCUUCUGCGCGCCGCCCCAUACUGCCAACUCCCGACCGACAUCCAGGCGACCGCCGCUAUCUUCUUACGCCGCUUUUAUCUCACAAAUAGCGUGAUGACCUACCCGCCACAGGAGCUUAUCAAGACUUGCAUAUUCUUCGGUUGCAAGGCCGAGGGUUACUUUAUCCGUGUACAAAAGAUUGCGGAUAUUUUCCCCAAUACCACGGGCGAGAUGAUUUUGGCCGCGGAGUACGUCUUGUGCCAGGGCAUACGCUUCGCAUUUGAUGUGAGGCAUCCGUUCCGCGCCUUGGAAGGAACUGUCAUGGAACUUAGAAGGCUGGGCGAUUUUGACGAUGAUAGGAUAAACCGCGCUCACAAGAGAACGAGAGAUAUCCUGAAGUUUAGUCCACUGGUUACCGAUGCCUAUUUUCACUACACACCAAGCCAGAUAAUGUAUGCCGCGUUGGCGAUUGCUGAUGAGGAACUCGUGCAGCGUAUGCUUCGCGAGGCAUUCGCCGCGGAAAGCGAAGAGGCUAGAGCUAAAGUCUGGAGCGUAAUACGUACUUGCAAAGAAAUGCUGGAGAAAGAACCUCCGGAGAAGAUGACCAGCUAUUGGACUGAUCCGGAAAGCACCAAAGCCAUCAAGGCUUUGCGGAGGAAGCUCGCCAAGUGCAGAGAUCCCGACAGAGUCGAUUUAGUCGCCCUGCAGAAGGCACGAAGGGAGGAGGCUUCUCAAAAGCCAAAGCCUAAGAUCGCCUCCGAUACUGACGAGAAGGUAUUCGGGAACGGAACCGGCGACGGGCGAGAGACGAAGAGACGAAAAGUUGCUGCAGAGGGAGCCGAUCCUUUUGGGCCCCCCUUGUGAAAAUCGCCACAGG